UGUAGAGCGUCCAGGGUGCGCUGGGUGGGAGAGGGCACGAGGAGUGAAAUGGGUUCUGUGUCUAGAGUAGGGCUAACGCAAGGGGGAAGCCAGAGGAUCCUGGGGGUGAGGGGACCGCGGUGGCGCAGGGCUCAGCCACCGCCUCUAAGAGACACCCUUCCGGGAUCGGGAUGAGAAGGAGAGAGCUUUGGAGAGAGAAGCCUGAGAAACCUACAGGCCAGUGGAGCUUUUCAUCUGGGACCCUUCGGAGCCCAGGAGAGAGCAGUCUGCUUCCCUUCCGCGCGAUGGCUUCGGCGAAGACUUAUGUGACCAAGUUCAAGUCCUUCGUGAUUUUGUUCUUCACCCCGAUCCUGCUGCUUCCACUCAUCAUUCUGGUACCUGACAAGUUUGCCAGGUGUGCCUACGUAGUCAUCCUCAUGGCCAUCUACUGGUGCACCGACGUCAUCCCGGUGGCCGUCACCUCCCUCCUGCCUGUCCUGCUCUUCCCCCUUUUGAAGGUAUUGGACUCCAAGCAGGUGUGUGUCCAGUACAUGAAGGACACCAACAUGCUGUUCGUGGGCAGCCUCAUUGUGGCCUCAGCUGUGGAGCGCUGGAAACUUCACAAGAGAAUUGCCCUGAGGAUGCUGCUCUUUGUGGGGACCGAGCCCUCGCGGCUGAUGCUGGGCUUUAUGUCUGUCACGGCUUUCCUGUCCAUGUGGAUCAGCAACACUGCCACCACAGCCAUGAUGGUCCCCAUCGUGGAGGCCAUGCUGGAGCAAAUGGUAGCCACAAAUGCAGCUGUGGAUACCUGCCAGGGGACAGUGGAGCUGUCUGACAAGGACAAAGCCGGCGAGUUUCCAGGAAACCAGGUGAUAUUCGAAGACCUCAGUGUGCAGAAGCAGGAGGAUGAAGACACAAAGAACAUGUACAAGGCUAUGAACCUAUGUGUGUGCUAUGCAGCCAGCAUUGGGGGUACGGCCACCUUGACCGGGACGGGACCCAACGUGGUGCUCCUGGGCCAGAUGCAGGAAUUGUUUCCUGACAGUAAAGACGCCAUGAAUUUUGCAUCUUGGUUUGGAUUUGCCUUCCCCAACAUGCUGAUGAUGCUGGUGCUGGCCUGGUUGUGGCUCCAGGGCUUUUACAUGAGAUCCAAACUUAAAGCAUCUUGCAUCUGCUGUGGGCUGAAGAAGAGGAACAACGAGAAGGUUGCCUACAAGGUGCUGCAGGAGGAGUACAGGAAGCUGGGGCCCUUGACCUAUGCCGAAUGCAAUGUGCUCUUCUGCUUCGUUCUGCUCAUCAUCCUCUGGUUCUCCCGAGACCCCGGCUUCGUACCUGGCUGGCUGUCCAUUGCCUGGGUCAAUGGGAAUACCAGGUAUGUCACUGAUGCCACAGUGGCCAUCUUUGUGGCCAUCUUGCUUUUCAUUGUACCUUCACAGAAGCCCAAGUUCAACUUCAGCAGCCAGACUGAGGAAGAAAUGAAAACUCCAUUCUACCCCCCACCACUGCUGGAUUGGAAGUUCACCCAGGAGAAAGUGCCCUGGAACAUAGUGCUGCUCUUGGGGGGAGGAUUUGCUAUGGCCAAAGGAUGUGAGGUCUCUGGGCUCUCUGAGUGGAUGGCAAGACAGAUGGAGCCCUUGAGCUCAGUGAGACCUGCCACCAUUACCUUCAUCUUGUCCUGUCUUGUUGCUAUGACAACAGAGUGCACAAGUAAUGUGGCUACCACUACCCUGUUCCUGCCUAUCUUUGCCUCCAUGUCUCGGUCCAUCGGCAUCCAUCCGCUGUAUGUCAUGAUUCCCUGUACCAUGAGUGCGUCACUUGCCUUCAUGUUGCCUGUGGCCACCCCGCCUAAUGCCAUCGUGUUUGCCUAUGGACACGUCAAAAUUAUUGACAUGGUAAAAACAGGAUUUAUAAUGAACUGCAUUGGAAUCGCAAGUGUGUUUCUGUCAGUCAACACCUGGGGACGAUCCAUAUUCAACUUGGAUGAUUUUCCUGACUGGGCUAAUUCGACAAGAAUUAACACUUAGGAAAAGCCACAGGAGCACAAGCAUGGCCCCCCACCCUUUUGAGGACUAUGGACCUUCCGGCACACCUUGCACAGAACACUGGUGCUCAGACCCGCGUGUGACCCCAUGAUGCCAACACCCCAAGAAGAUCUAGCCAAUUAGCCACCUCUUUCUCUAGGCUCAGAUUCAGAGAUGGCAGCAGGGGACUGAAAGAUAGGCUCAGAAGAGAAGUGAGGCCCUUUGGGAGAUCAUGGGGGCCAUCUUUCCUAGGACCUUGCUAUCUCCUCUGGGACAGGCAGGAAACAGGGAACAGGACUCAAGAUCUUGCACUAUGUGACUUUGAAAGACUGCUGGUCCCAUGCUGGGCUCUGGUUCUGGGCUCUGGGUUUGUUCCCAUGGUGUCCACAUGGGGAUCAGAUCACCAGGAUGAGAGCUCAGCCCUGUGCCUCUUCAGGAUGCCCCAGUUCAUCUCUGUCACUCUGAGGGAACUUCCUAUCCACAACUGAACUCUGAUCUUAAGCAACUUCUCACUGCCAGAGUGAGAGUCGGAGUCAAAGCCUCCUGAAGACUUGGACCCUAUGUGGCGCCAUCACCAAAGGCUGAGCAGCCUGAGGUGCUAACAUCACAACAUUCCUGCUCACCCUUGGCUGACCUGUCUUAUUACUUGUCUUGUUUUAUAUUAAUUAACAAUUCAAACCCCUU